CCCCGCGAAGCCCCCGGACGAGGGAGCCGAGCCGCUGCGCUGUGCCCGCGCCUCACCGUGACGGCAUGUCCUCGACGGAGAGCCCCGGCCGCGCGGCAGACAAGUCUCCGCGCCAGCAGGUGGAUCGCCUGCUUGAGGGAAUACGCUGGCGGCGGCUGGAGGAGCCGCUAGGCUUCAUCAAAGUUCUCCAGUGGCUCUUUGCUAUUUUCGCCUUUGGGUCCUGCGGUUCCUACAGCGGCGAGACGGGGGCAAUGGUUCGCUGCAACAAUGAAGCCAAGGAUGUGAGCUCCAUCAUCGUUUUAUUCGGCUAUCCCUUCAGGUUGAACCGGAUUGAGUAUGAGAUGCCGCUCUGUGACGAAGACUCCUCCUCCAAGACCAUGCACCUCAUGGGGGACUUCUCUGCUCCCGCUGAGUUCUUUGUGACCCUCGGCAUCUUUUCCUUCUUCUAUACCAUGGCUGCCCUCGUUCUCUACCUGCGCUUCCACAAGCUCUACACAGAGAACAAACGGUUCCCGCUGGUGGACUUCUGUGUGACUGUCUCCUUCACCUUCUUCUGGCUGGUAGCUGCAGCGGCCUGGGGCAAAGGCCUGACCGACGUCAAGGGGGCCACACGGCCAUCCAGCCUGACGGCAGCCAUGUCUGUGUGCCAUGGCGAGGAAGCAGUGUGCAGUGCCGGGGCCACACCCUCCAUGGGACUGGCCAACAUCUCUGUGCUCUUCGGCUUCAUCAACUUCUUCCUGUGGGCUGGAAACUGUUGGUUUGUGUUCAAGGAGACCCCGUGGCAUGGGCAGGGCCAGGACCAGAGUCAGGGGCCCAGCCAGGAGAGCGCAGCUGAGCAGGGAGCCGUGGAGAAGCAGUAAGCAGCCCCACCAGACUACUCCCGAACUGGACAGCACCUCUUCAACCACCUCCGGCUUCCAGGACCUUCCUCUUCCUCCUCCUGCACUUCCCCUCCCCCUGUCCAUCUGGGAUGGGCAAGGCAUCAGCUGAUGGAAACCCGGGCAACCUUCCCAGUGGCUUCCCAUCCCUCCUCUUGCUGGAGUCCCAGAUGGCAGGAGCUCGGGACUUCUUAUAUACCACCAGAUAUCUUACCCUCAUAGCCU